UUCUGCCCAUAACUGCAAAUUCUCUUCAGACGAAGAAGAAGACUUGAACAGAAUUUGGCAGUUGUACUGCUUACAAAGGCAGUCUAUUGCGCGAUAUAAAAUUAUUUAAUUAGAACAAUAUUGUAUCAGUCUAAAGUGACUCUUUGAAAAAGAGACAAUGGCUGAUUCUGAGGAGAAAUCAAACAAGCUUGACAGCCCAGUUGAAGACUCUGGUGAUAAGGAUACUUUGGAGGAAUCUAAAGAGACUGCUCGCAGCAUUGAGGCAGCAGAGGAAGCUAAAUUGAAGGCUCGUCUGCCACAAGGGAUGAUGGGGAGGCCAGCAGCUGGUCACUCGGCAUUCUUGCAAAAAAGGCUUGGCAAAGGGCAAAAAUAUUUUGAUAGCGGUGACUACCAGAUGGCCCUCCAGAAACCCAACAACAAGUCUCGGAUGCCUCCCCUGCUGGCACACAGCACUGGCGAGGCUAUCCCCACACCUGACACCGUUCCUAUCAGAAAAACUUCUAUUAUCCAGCAGCCAAAACUGGCUCCGUCAACUGCUUCAUGAAGGAAUUGUGCAUGUGGCAAUAUCGGGUGCUGUUGCGAGCCAAAUCACAAUUCAUCUUAGGGGGAGCUGAAUGGUGGGGCUAGUGCCGUGGCACUCAAAUUUUUUGUGCCAUUGUUUUAAAAUUCUGCUUAUCAGUCAUUUUGUGUCCAAAAUUUCUUUUCCCGCCAUUGAUAUUAUACUAGUACCUAUUUGUGCUUUCAACAUCCGAUCAAACCUGCAACAAAACCUCGUUCUGAUUUUAGGAGACACCUCGUAAUCAAUAAGGCUUUUGCUUUGUUGGUAGCUUAUUUUUGAAAAUUUAUUAGAUCAAUACCAACACUUAAGGUGCAGUUGUUUGAUGGAUUGUUAGGGUCCUUCCUAUUUCAACAGCUUUGUCUAUUUCUUUCACCUCAAGUUUUGAUUGAUAGGACACCAAAGUUUCUUUGGAGUAGCCUUGGGCUUUGUGUGAUAGCAUUAUUGCUAUCGCAGAUUAUUAAUUGACCAGUAUGAUUCAAAAGUUGAAAUUAUUGAUGAAUUAUUGACGGUUUCUUCAGUUUACUUGCUGUUGCAAGUCUUUCAUCUUUACCCAUCCAUAAACUUGCACGUCUUGGUUAAGAAUAAUAUAUUCGGGUAUCGUUAAUGUAUUGAAAUUUAAAACUAGAUCUUGAUCUGGAUGAGAUCGUUAGUUUAAUGGAUAUAUAUGCAUUUGAUUAUUUUGCAAAAUUAAAUGGAUGACAGCGAUUUCACUUACUUAGAGAUUAGUCCGUGAUGCGGGUACCUGGUUAUUGUAAUGUGUUAUCGAUUGCGCGACGCGAUGAACAGAAGCAUGCAUUAUUGCCAAGCUCUUUAUGGCGGUUGCCUAUGUGCCUCGUGAGUGCCCAGUUGAUGCUGUAUCUAUUCGCAUUAUGUUUGAACACGGGACACAACUGAUUAAUUUUGACCGGAAUGCUGCCAAAGUUCAGUAGGUAUUCGUUCCAGUUCACCUAAUCAAAACAAAUAAUAGUACGUCAACGGAAUAUCUGUUAUAUUCAGCUCCAAUGAACACUUGCACGACAAGACAGACACCGAUGCGUUGGUCAGACCAGAUUGACUGUUUGAUACGACACCUUCCGAUCCAUGCUACGACUGUCAGUGUCAUUUGCUAUGAUUCGCAACGGAGUAUCUUGACGUGUGUAUCAUUUUUAUCAUAUAUUUUUUGUGACGUAUAUAGAAACCUAUGCUUGUGUCCCUCUAUAGUUCUAUCGCUAGAAAAAAUUUCACCAAUGGGGCCCUCUUGGUUAUAUGUUCUGCGUUAAAAGGUAUCAUACGAUGUAGCUUACUAUCCGUUUUUAUGUAAUAAAAAUUGAUUGUGUCCUCCA